UCAUCCCGCAUCGAUACCACGGUCUCCGUGUAUAGUACCAAUGGAUUAUGGUGGUAUCAUAGACAACAUCUACUUCAUAACAUAGAUGAAUACUGAAGUGUAAAUAAUAAGUGAAUGUCGGAGAUACAUUUCUUUGCUGAUGAAUCUGGGUCGCGAAUAUGAGUCUGACAGACGCCACGACAACAAGCGUGAAAUGUAGCAGUUUCUGGAAUAUGGUUUGAUUCUUGUGUUUUCUCGGAAGUCUUAGUGAUGAAGAUCUGCCCUAUAUGUUUCUUCCUGGAUAAAUUAAUAAUUAGGAAUAUAAACACAGACAUCGUUACAUUGUCAACGAGAUCGAGGAGUAGGAAGACAUAGGCUUUGAGCCAUGUCGGUAGAAAUGGAAAACAAUGGUGUCAAGUGGGAUAACAAUGAAGACGUGGAAAGCAGCUUGGAUGAUGGAGGAGCCAAGCUGUUUGAGCGUUCUCGAAUCAGAGCGCUGGCAGAUGAGCGUGAAAUGGUGCAAAAGAAAACAUUCACAAAAUGGGUAAACUCACAUUUACAAAGAGUUGGCUGUCGCAUUGUGGAUCUAUAUACGGAUUUAUAUGAUGGACGUAUGCUAAUCAAACUACUAGAAGUUUUAUCAGGGGACAAACUGCCCAAACCUACCAAAGGCAAGAUGCGCAUUCACUGCUUAGAGAACGUAGACAAGGCCCUGCAAUUCCUGAAAGAGAAACGUGUACAUUUAGAGAACAUGGGAUCCCAUGACAUCGUAGAUAGCAACCACAGAUUGACCCUCGGUCUCAUCUGGACCAUCAUCCUUAGAUUCCAGAUUCAAGAUAUUUCUUUUGAAGAUGAAGACAACCAGGAGACGCGAUCGGCUAAGGAUGCCCUCCUCCUCUGGUGCCAGAUGAAAACAGCCGGAUACGCCAAUGUAGACAUCCGCAACUUCACAACAAGCUGGCGAGAUGGUCUGGCCUUCAAUGCACUUGUACACAAGCAUAGGCCGGACCUGAUUGACUACAACAAACUGACCAAAGUACAACCCGUUCAGAACCUAAACAAUGUAUUCAAUGUUGCAGAACAGAAACUAGGCCUGAUGAAGCUCCUAGACCCCGAAGAUGUUGUUGUGGACCAUCCCGAUGAGAAGUCAAUCAUCACCUAUGUGGUCACCUACUACCACUACUUCUCUAAGAUGAAGGCCGAGACCGUGUCCGGUAAGCGUAUCGGCAAGGUCAUCAGUGGCGCCAUUGACAAUGACAAGCUGAUCACCGAGUACGACAAGGUAACGUCAGAUCUCCUCAAGUGGAUCAGGCAGACCAUCGAGAUCCUGAACGACCGGGAGUUCGCCAACUCGUUGCAAGGUGUACAGCAACAGCUUCUUGCAUUCAACACCUACAGAACAGUAGAGAAACCACCCAAAUUCAUUGAAAAGGGCAACCUUGAGGUGAUGUUGUUCACCAUUCAGAGUAAGAUGAGGGCUAACAACCAGAAACCCUUCAUGCCCAAGGAAGGCAAGCUAGUGCAUGACAUCAACAAGGCAUGGGAGAACUUGGAGAAGUCCGAGCAUGGUCGUGAGCUGGCGCUGCGCCAGGAGCUGAUCCGCCAGGAGAAGCUGGAGCAGCUGGCCGCCCGUUUCGACCGAAAGGCGGCCAUGCGUGAAACAUGGCUGAGUGAGAACCAACGCCUUGUAGCCCAGGAUAACUUUGGCUUUGACCUGCCUGCCGUUGAGGCUGCAGCCAAGAAGCAUGAGGCUAUCGAGACAGACAUCAAGGCCUACCAAGAGAGGGUGUUUGCCGUUGUUGCUGUUGCCCAAGAAUUGGAAGAGGAGAGGUAUCAUGACAUCGAGAGGAUCAAUGCAAGGAAAAACAAUAUUCUACGCCUAUGGGAUUACCUGAUAGAGCUUCUGAAGGCCCGCCGUGCCAGACUCCAGCUCUCAUUGGACAUCCAGAGACGAUUCCAGGAGAUGGAACUUCUCCUAGACUCAAUGGAAGAAACAAAGGUGCUGCUGUUAUCGGAGGACUAUGGCAAGCACUUGAUGGGGGUUGAGGAUCUCAUACAGAAGCACAACAUGCUGGAAUCCGACAUUGUGGUGUAUGGUGAGCAAGUCACCAACAUCAACAACCAGGCUGCCAAGUAUAUGGACCCCAAUGGACCGGAUGGUUCAGGGUACCUACCGGUUGAUCCAGAGAUUGUCGGAAGUCGCAUGAACCACCUAGAAGAACGCUACAAUGAGCUUCAAGAACUUGCCCGUCUCAGGCGCGACAAGCUGGAUGAGUCCCUGCGUCUGUGGCAGUUCUUCUGGGAUCUUGCCGACGAUGAGAACUGGAUCAAGGAGAAGCAGCAGAUCAUGUCAUCAACGGAUAUUGGACACGAUCUCACCACUGUCAAACUCCUACUCAACAAACAAAAGGCCUUGGAGACGGAGAUAUCGGGUCGUCAUGCACAGCUGGAGAGCAACAUCCGGGUGGGCGAGGACCUGAUCGCAGAGGAACACUUUGGAGCACCAAAGAUUCAGGACCGUAUCACCGAUGUCAAGAACAUGUGGCAGAGGCUACAGGAGCUGGCUGACCAGAGGAAAGCUCGUCUCCUCGAAGCUGUUGACCUCUACCAGUUCUUUGCUGAUGCUGAUGACGUUGACACCUGGAUGUUGGAUACCCUUCGUCUUGUUUCAAGCGAAGACGUUGGAAGAGACGAAGCCAGUGCCGAAUCUCUUCUUAAGAAACACAGGAGUAUUCAUGGCAAGACAGAUGAUGUUACAGAAGAAUUGCAGAACUACGCCAACAUUAUCGAUGGUCUGCACAAACAAGCAGCAGAGCUGGGAGAACAGGACCGAGACUCUCCAGAAGUACAGACCCGUCUUGGAACCAUCGACAGACGAUACAAGGAGCUCCUGGAGCUUGCCAAGCUCCGCAAGCAACGCCUCCUCGAUGCCCUCUCCCUCUACAAACUCUUCAACGAGGCUGAUGCUGUCGAGGCAUGGAUAGAUGAGAAGGAGCAUACAUUAACUGCUCUUAUCCCAGCUGAGGAUCUAGAAUCCAAUGAGGUCAUUCUGGCUCGCUUUGACCGUCUGGAGAAGGAGGUAGAGGUCAACGAAGCCAAGGUAGAACUGGUCAACCAACUGGCCAGACAGCUACUGGCCGUAGAGCAUCCAAACUCAACAGAAAUCACAACAAAACAGAACCAGCUCAAUGCCAGAUGGGCCGAUCUACGUGCCCUCUUGGAGCAGAAGCGGGAUGCUGUCAUGGCUGUCACCGAGGUACAGACCUACCACAUCGAGUGCCAGGAGACCACCCAAUGGAUCAAGGACAAGGCUCGUCUCAUCCAGGCCACAGAAGAACUUGGGAACGACCUUGGAGGCAUCAUGGUCCUACAGCGCAGACUCAAAGGCAUGGAGAGCGACCUGGCUGCUAUCGAGGCUAAGCUUGAAGCCCUUGAUAACGAGGCUCAGAAACUUGCUGAGGAACACCCAGAGGAUGCUGAACUUAUCAAGAAGAGAUAUGAUGAGAUCAUGGUAGUCUGGCUUGAACUCAAGGAACUGCUGAAAUCUCGUGAAGCUGCUCUGGCCGAGGCCGGUGACCUCCAUCAAUUCCUGCGUGACCUGGAUGACUUCCAGGCCUGGCUAUCCAGGACCAUGACCACCGUGGCAUCGGAAGAGACCCCAGAGUCUCUGGCCGAGGCUGAGAAGUACCUCAACAAACAUGCUGCCAUCAAGGAUGAAAUCGAUGGUUAUGAAGACAAGUAUGCCAAGAUGAAGGAGAAUGGACAACGCAUCACAGAAGGACAGACAGACACACAGUACAUGUUCCUCAGACAGCGUCUGCAAGCGUUGGAUGAUGGAUGGCUUGAGCUUCACCAGAUGUGGGACAACCGUCAACUCCUCCUUUCCCAGGCUCUCAACUACCAGAUGUUCCAGCGUGAUGCACGUCAAGCUGACAGCAUUCUCAACCAACAGGAGAACUUCCUUACCAAAGUGGAACAACCUAACUCCCUUGAGGCCUGUGAUGAAGCCAUCAAGAAGUAUGAGCAUUUCAUUGACCAGAUGGCCACCAACGAUGAGAAGAUCAACACUGUAUUAUCCUUCGCUAACAGGCUGUGUGAUGAAGACCAUUAUGCUGCAGAUAAGAUCAACAAGAAGGCAGAAAACAUUGAUGAAAGACGAAAGGCCAACCGUCAAGCUGCCGAGGCUAUGCUUGAGAAGCUGAAAGACAACCGUCUCCUGCAGUCCUUCCUCCAGGAGGCUGAGGAGCUCGGUCUCUGGGUGGUGGAGAAGAUGGUCGUAGCCCAGGAGGAAACCUAUGAUGGAGCCAGGAGUCUUCAUAGCAAAUGGCAGAAACACCAGGCCUUCGAAGCUGAGCUUGUCGCCAACAAGGAGCGCCUUGAUAAGCUCAAAGAGCAUGGAGAUGAACUCAUUAAAGAGAAGCCCGAGACCCAGGAGGAAGUCCAGGCCAAGAUUGCUGACCUUGAACAGCAAUGGAAUGAGCUUGAGAACACUACCAAAGACAAGGGUAAGACCCUGUUUGAAGCCAACAGCCAGGCUCUCUUCACCCAAGCUUGUGAUGACAUGGAACAGAAGAUUGUGGACCUAGAGACCGAGCUUUGUCAUGCUGAUGCUGCUGGGGAUCUUGUCUCGGUCAACAACCUGCUCAAGAAACAACAGGUCUAUGAACAGUUCCUGGUAAUCAAGCAAGAGGAGGUAGAGAGUUUACAAUGCCAGGUAUCCUCACUAGAGAAUGCUGAACACAUAGAGAAGGUGACGGCCAAGAAGGAAGCCAUGGCCACUCGAUUCAGCAACCUAUCAGAUCCACUCAAGAAGAGGCGAGAAGAGCUGGAGGCACAACAGAAAGGCUACCAGGUUCUCAGGGAUCUUGAUGACGAGAAGAUCUGGGUCCAGGAGAAGCUGCCCCUGGCUACUUCCCACGAUGUUGGGAACAACCUCCAGGCAGUACAGACCUUGCAGAAGAAGACCAAUUCCCUCAAUGCCGAGGUGGAGGGCCACGUGCCUCAGGUUGAGGAGGUGAUCGAGAGGGGUAAGGCCAUGAUUGAACAGGGUCAUCCUCAAUCAGAACACAUCAAGGUCAGCAUCACAGAGCUUGAGGAACAUGUCAUCAUGCUCAAGUCAGCCAUUACGGAAAGGAAAGAUAAGCUGGUUGACUCAAAUAAGGCACAACAGUACUACUUCAAUGCAGCGGAGGCUGAAGCCUGGAUGAGUGAACAGGAGCUGUACAUGAUGGGUGAAGAACGUGCUAAGGAUGAAGCCAGUGCUGCUACCAUGGCUAAGAAGCAUGCCAUCCUUGAGAAUGCUGUAGAAGACUAUGCGGAGACCAUCAAUGAGCUCUCGCAUGAGGCUAAACAACUCAUCGAUGAAGGACAUCCACAGAGUGACCAGAUUGCAAUCCGUCAAUCUCAGAUUGACAAACUUUAUGCCGGUCUGAAGGAUCUUGCCGAGGAGAGGAGAGCACGCCUCCAAGAGACUACCAGACUCUUUGCCCUCAACCAAGAAGUUGAUGACAUUGAGCAAUGGAUCGCUGAGAGGGAAGUUGUUGCUGGUUCACAUGAACUUGGACAGGACCUUGAACAUGUUACGAUGUUGCAGCAACGAUUUUCAGAGUUUGCCCGUGACACCCACAACAUUGGCACAGAGAAGGUUGCCCACACCAACAGGACCUGCGAUACCCUCAUCAACGAGGGUCAUGCCGAUGCUGCAACCAUUGCCGAAUGGAAAGACCAAAUCAAUGAAGCUUGGGCUGAUCUCCUUGAACUCAUUGACACAAGGACAAGAAUGUUGGCUGCAUCAUAUGAGCUUCACAAGUUCUACUCUGAUGCCAAGGAUGUCCUUGCACAUAUCCAGGAGAAGCAACAGGAGAUGUCAGAGGAAUUGGGCAAGGAUCAGCAAUCAGUAGCCAUCUUACAGAGGAAACACGUCUCCUUCCAGAGUGAUCUCUCUGCUCUUGGCCAACAGGUGAAAGAUGUCCAAGAGGAGGCUGGCCGUCUUCGAGCUGCCUAUGCCGGUGACAAGGCUAGGGAGAUCGACAACAGAGAGCAGGAGGUGGUAGAUGCUUGGAACAACCUCAACUCAUCUAUCCAGUUCCGAUCAGUCAGGCUAGACCAGACUGAUGAGCUCUUCAGAUUCCUCAACCUUGUCAGGGCACUCAUGAUGUGGAUGGAAGACAUUCUGCUCCAGAUCAUCAACCAGGACAAAGCUAGGGAUGUAUCCGGUGUUGAGCUUUUGAUGAACGGCCAUCAGAACAUCAAAGCAGAGAUUGACACUAGGGAUGGCAACUUCACAGAAUGUUUCACCAUGGGUAAAGACAUGUUGGCAAGAGAUCACUACGCAUCUAAGGAUAUCCAUGCCAAGCUAGUCCAGGUUGGUAGCAAACGUCAAGAAAUGAUCGCUGAAUGGGAACACAGAUGGGAAUACCUACAGCUCAUUCUUGAGGUAUACCAAUUUGCCCGUGAUGCCCAUGCUGCUGAAGCCUGGCUGAUCAGCCAAGAACAGUACCUGAGAAGUGAAGACUAUGGAAACUCACUAGACGAGGUUGAGAAAUUGAUCAAGAGGCACGAGGCCUUCGAGAAGGCCCUCUACUGUCAAGAAGAGAGAUUCACAGCACUCGAGAAACUAACAACAUUUGAGCUGAGAGAACUACGCAAACGUCAAGACGAGGCCCGCCGUGCCGCUGGUGAGGAUUCUCCACCUAUGAAGGAAUCACCGUCUCUCAAACACAAGAUUGUGGAUGACUUCAUGAAUGAGGAAAGAGAGAAGGAACGAAGGGCAAAGGAAGAAGCUGAGCAGGAACAACAACACCAAGAACAGGAAGAGCUUAGGCAAGCUGCCACCAAGUACGUAGAAGAAGUACAAGAGAUGGUGAGCCAGGAAGCCGAGAAGGAGGUCCAUGCCGGUACAGCUGUAGACGGUGCAGAAGGCCCAGAUGAUGAUGAACCGAUGGCUGCUGAAGAAGAACCAGCACCAGGAACUGUACCAGCAGGAGCCUUGGGUGGAAGUAAUGAAGCUGAAGGUUUCCUCAUGAGGAAGUACCUAUUUGAGCCAAGCGGCAAGAAGGCUUCUAACAGAUCUUGGAACCAUGUAUACGGAGUGACUCAUGGCCAAUCACUCUCGUUCUACAAGGAUCCUAAGAACAAGCUCAAGGAAAUCCCAUUCAAUAAUGAACAUCCUCUCAAUCUGGCUGGGGCUACUGCGGAAUACGCAGAAGACUACACCAAGAAGAAAUAUGUCUUCAGGCUCAAGUUGGCUGAUGCAUCUGAAUAUCUAUUCCAAGCAAAGGACAGUGAAGAACUGGGCUAUUGGCUGAACCAGCUUCAUACAGCUAUCUCUGGUACUGGGGAAUCUGCAUCCAAGGAACAGAGAAGAGCCCAAACUCUCCCAGCGGACUCCACCUCACCAGGGGGCAAGAAGGCCAAGGGAAAGGGCCUCUUUACCCUCAAGCGGAAGUGAGAGCCCCGAGGCGGGGUCAGAUAAUCAAUGGUGACCCCCCUCCCCCUCCUACUUUCCCCAUGUAUAGCCCCCUUGUACAUCAUGACAUUUGUUGAAGUACUAUUACUGUUAUCAUGGAUUGAUAUUGAAUCGGACGGACAUGGAAAAAAAAGAUAUUGGAAUGGUAGUGCUCUUUUUUAAAUUACUUUUACAGAUUUGUCAAGGACUUAUUCGCUGCAAGGCUUUUGGACUAUCGGUAUGAAAGAAAAACUAGGCUUUCCUGCUUCUUCUUAUUCUACGGUUGCGCUGUCAUGUGGUGAUUUAGUGAUGAUGUUAUAUAUGUAUAAAGUGUAGCGUGAGUUCAUGAUAGACACAACUAAAAUUGGUAGCUUGUUGAUUGGCUUUAUGGCUGUUAGUGUUGAAGUUCUUGUAAACUAGGCAUGUCUUUGAGAAUAUCGGCGCGCUGUGAAUGAACAGCGCUGGAGAAGGUCUGACGUCAAGACGUUUGUUUUUCUUUCUAUUGAAUAUAUUUAAAAAAGAGACGAGGAGGGUUUUUAUCAAAGACGUGCAUGCGGCAUUCCAUAUGUAAAUCAUAUGCAUAGAUUAUCUCCCUGCGAGUCCCCUUGUGUGUAGAAAUGACAAAGAAAUAAGUAGAAAGGCAGAAAGGCGAUUCAUUCUUUCAUUGGACAUAACAUGCUUUAAACACCCAUACUCUUAGUCAUUAGGGGUGAUACCAAGCCCAUAUAGCUUAGAUUCAUUGAGCUUCGGGUAGCGGAGAUUUUUACUUGGCAUUUUGUAUGUCACUACUUGAAACGAAGGCGUGUCAAACUGUAACUUAUGAUAAGUAGAUGAAUCGUAUCUGAAGUCAGUACUGCCUGUUGAUAUAAUUAUUGUUAUUAUUGUCCAGUACCCGAAACGACGUUACCUUGUACCUCGAUGAGGAGUACUUUUGUCUAUCCAUCUUGUAGGCACACAAAGACCUUAACUGCGUGUUCUGCAUUAUGUUAUAUUUAAUAGCUGACACUAACUUGUCUUUUUAAUAUCCAAUUGUGAUGUAGACAAAAUGUAUACAGAGGUAAAUAUUCAUGUAAAUGAUGUGUAUGUGAGUAUCUUGGUGUUGUAGUUUUAGGCAUCUUAAAAGAGAAUGUGUAUAAAUAUUAAGUUGUUAAUUCUUGCAAUUAUUAUUCAAAUUGCUGUUGUAUCUUGAUAGUUGUAUAUCUUAAAUAUUAGGCAUGCAUCUGAACUGCUGUACAGUAUGAUCUGUAUGUUUAGCGUCUUUGGGAAGAGAGGAAAAGGGUAUAAAUCUUAUCAGCUCUUGUUGUGUGUUGUGAUCCAGAAAAAUAACAUCUUAAAUAAUAGCUUAGUCCAUGACAUACAGUCCAUUUUAUGGGCCUUUGUGUAGUAAAUGUCAUUUCUUUUCUGCAGAUUGUACAAAGAAAAAUUAAGCAGUAGGGGAAAUUAGUUAAAUCAAGAUAACAUCUAACGUUAUGUGUGGUUUUUCUCUCUUCGAAAUCAUAAUUAGAGCUUGCAUAAGAAAAAAAAGUAUGUAAAUGUUCUUAUAGUGGUGUGACUUAUAUCUACAAAAAAAUAUUUGACUUUUUUCUAUUGUACUUAGCUAGAAUGCAGGCAUGAGUUUGCCUGUGUCACUUGUCCAAUUACAAAAUUCAAAAUGGCUACUUAACAUGAACUCAUUUAAUUGACUUAGCCACUCAGUCAAUAUAAAACUGGAUAAGAUAAAUUAGGUCACAUUAAAAAAAAAAAAGAAACCUGAAAUAGUUGCCAGUAGUAAAUGUAUAUUAAAGUAUUCUAUCUUGAUGAAGUAUAUAUAUAAUUCAUCUUAUUCAGCCCUACUUACAACUUCUAUGUAUUUACUUUUAUAUGUUCAAAAUUUAUGUAGACUGUAUUCAAAUCAAAGAAAAAUUUUAAUUUUCUUUAAAAUCAUUUAUUUGCAAUUCCAUUGUAGUGCUUAUUAUUUGCAAUAGUGCAGUAUGGCUUUUCUCUAAGAUGUAUUCAUUUUUUUUAUUUCUCAAUUUUUUUUCUUUAAUUUUGUAAUUAACUCAAGAUUUCAAAGCACAUUUGCCAGGGAUAAUUCUCCUGAGCACUGAUUUUUUUGUAGAUGGAAUAUUGUUUUCAGACCUUUUUAUAUCUAGCAUGCAUGUUAAUGAGGAUGAAAUGUUAAAGAGGAAAUUGCAACUGCUCUGCAGUACGAUCUAUCAAUAACGAUAAUGACUGCUUUAUAUAGGUGCUCUUAGUUGUAAUGUACUAUGUCAUAAAGAGCUUUCCUCUCAUUACACCACCAUCGAUCCUCACAUAAACUGUGCAGUUAGGUGAGAAAUAACUGACAUUAUCAUAGCAUGUAUUCAUCUGUUUUUUUGUGCGUAUUCUUUAUAGGUGAUGGACUUACAGCCAUUUAAGUGGACAUUAGUAGUAGUUCCCUUUAUGCAUUCAAAAUGCGACUCUUUAAUACAUUGUGAAGUCAGUAAACAUGUAAUUCCAUUCCUGGAACUGAACCAUUUUAUUUUUCACCUUGCAGGUAGACGAAACAGUUUUCAGAGGUAGUAUUCAUUAGUUAGCUUAAAUUAAUGUUGCAGAUCUUUUGAUAUCUUAAACCAAUUGCAAACUUAGUUUUGGUAUUCCAUAUGUGUGUAGUGAAGUGUAGUAUUCAAAUUAUGUAUUCCAUUCUCCCUACAAAUCAUUUAUUGAAAUAAUUAACUUAUUAUGUAUUCAGCUGACAUAUUUAAUUCAUGUUUGAAAGACAAACUUCUACGUAACACAGCCAAUAGUAGAAGUGAUUUCGUUGUGCCUGGUAUAAUGUACACACAGGACCAUAUCCCUCUUCACUCUACGUCUCAAAAAGAAAAUUUCUCGAGCCCUUCAUUUUGUAUGUGUCACGUAUUGCCAAUAAAUCCAAGUGAAAAAUGUA